AUGAUACCUUUACUGUUUGGAUUAAAAGAUGUGAAGAAACACUAAACACAUCACAGCCAGAAGUGCAGCAACCUGUGCCACCAAAGAUCAAAUAUGACUGGUACCAAACAGAAUCUCAAGUAAUUGUGACUAUAAUGAUCAAGAAUGCACAAAAGGAUGAUGUCAGUGUGCAGUUCUCAGAGAAAGAGAUGAAUGCAUCAGUGAGACUUCCAUCAGGUGAAGACUACAACUUAAAGCUUGUUCUUCUUCAUUCUAUAGUGCCAGAGCAAAGUACAUUUAAAGUGCUUUCAACAAAGGUUGAGAUAAAAAUGAAGAAGCCAGAGGCCGUAAGAUGGGAGAAGCUGGAGGGACAAGGAGAUUCUCCUAAGUUAAAGCAAUUUACACCAGAUACCCAGCACUUGUAUCCAUCAUCCUCUCACUAUACAAGGAACUGGGACAAACUGGUAGUUGAAAUCAAAGAAGAGGAGAAGAAUGAGAAGUUAGAAGGAGAUGCUGCUUUAAACAAACUCUUUCAGCAGAUUUAUUCAGAUGGUACAGAUGAAGUGAAACGUGCCAUGAACAAAUCAUUUAUGGAGUCUGGAGGCACAGUUCUGAGUACCAACUGGUCUGAUGUUGGUAAAAGGAAGGUAGAAGUAAAUCCUCCUGAUGACAUGGAAUGGAAAAAAUUCUAAUCCUAUUUUUAAUCUUUUACCAUCUGUGUGUUGCCAUAGUCAUGUACUGACCACUGUGUAUGGACAUAGCAUUCUUGGAUUCAAAGCACUGAAUGUUCCCUUGGAAACAGGAAUUGUCUUUGCAUUUUGCGUGCUUUAGAAAUUCCUUCAUCUGCAGAUGUUAAAGAUAGACUCGAGUGGAACCCUGUUUUCAUCAUCUCUGUCUAAUUUUUGAAAAUUGAGUCAAACAGUCUAAAUUUUCUACCGCCUUUAUCAGCUCUGCUCUUUGGGGACAGAGUGGUCUCUAAUGGGUUGGUCAGGAUUAUUGCCUUACGCCUGAUAUUUCUGUUCAAUAACUUAUUAUGUCUUGGCAACUUUGGGUAAAAACACUUUUCAACAACAGUGUUAAAAUUGUUUACUCUCUAACUCUGCUGAAUAAAACUGUAAAUAUAACUUU